CUGUGUCCUGCGCGUGCACGACACGCUGCGCACACUGCAUGUGUAGAGAGAGAGAGGGGGAGAGCGAGCUGAUAUCAAGUGGUGACGGCGAGCAGCAGAGAGCACAUAUAGUUUAGACGAGCGGAUGCGACAAGAUGCUGAGCGUCGCCUUGCUGUGCGUGUGCGCCGUCACCCUCGGACGCGUCUCGUCUCGUUCUGACAGUGGCAAUUUUUUGGACGAUAAGUGGCUCACUGGAAGAUGGGAUAAAUUCAGAGAUGAAGUAGAGGAGCCGGGAACAUGGACGCCCUCCAAGCCCUUUGAUCAAGGCCUUGAUCCCGCCAAAGACCCGUGUCUGAAGAUCAAAUGUGGCCGCCACAAGGUGUGUGUGGCUGAGGACUACAAAACAGCCACUUGUGUCAGCCAGAGGAGGGCUAGCUUUAAAGAUGCCAGUGUGUACCAGAGUCCUGGUUCCAAGUGCAAACCUUGCCCCGUGAUCCACCCUUCCCCUGUUUGUGGAACCGAUGGUCACACCUACUCCACCAAGUGCAAGUUAGACUACCAGGCAUGCAUCACUGGCAAGAAGAUGACUAUCAAGUGCCCUGGCAUGUGUCCUUGCCCCACUCAGCCUGAAGAGAGCUCCACAGAGCGGAAAGUGUGCAGCGAGUCUGAACUCAAAGAGGCGGUGGGUCGACUGAGAGACUGGUUUAGAGUGCUACAUGACAAUGGCAACCAGAACAGAAAGAUCCAGAAGAACAAAUUUGAGGUUGGGGCAUUACCUGUAUGCAAAGAUCCUCUCGGAUGGAUGUUCUCUCGCCUCGACACAAACUUUGACCUCCAACUGGACCAAUCAGAGAUCAAGAGCCUCUACGUGGACAGGAAUGAGCCUUGCUCCGACGUCUUCUUCAAGUCUUGCGAUACACGCUCUGAUAAAGUUAUUUCCAGCUCUGAGUGGUGUACCUGUUUCCAGAGGUACACAGACUCCCCUUGUAAAGCUGAGCUGUCAUCCAUCGGCAAGAAGCAAGUGGGAAAAAAGCUACUCGGCCAGUAUCUGCCCUCCUGCGACGAGGACGGAUACUACCGCUCGCACCAGUGCCACAGCAGCAGCGGUCAGUGUUGGUGUGUGGAUCGCUAUGGCAACGAGCUGGCCGGCUCGCGCACCCAUGGCCCGGCUGACUGCGGUGUGAUUUUAGAGUCUUCUGGAGAUCUCGGUAGCGGGGACUCAAUGAUCACCGAAGACGAUGAAGAUUCCUUUGUCCUCAACGAGCAGGCUGGAAUGGAUGAUGAGGACGACGACGAUGACGACGACGAUGAAUAUUUGUCGUAAUUUUAUUGUAUUCUUUUUUUUUAAGAAAAGAAAAAAGAGAAACUGUUUGUUUGGUCAAACUGCACGUUUCUAGGCAACCCCCCCAGGCAGAUAUUUCAUUGUACUAACAGCCUAAGGACUAAUCUGUGUAUUCUUUGUUUUUACCUAUAUAGCAAAAAAAAGAUGUUUCAUUUUUCUUUUCAUUUUACGCCCUACUGUUAGCUAAUGGCAUUUGUCGCCUCGGGUGCCGUUGGCAACAAAAAUAGCCAAUCCUGUGCUUUGGAUGUGGUCACAUGUGCAAAAAGCUCCCCUUUCAUUGGACACGCGUGUCCUCUAGUGUGUCCUGUCCUUGUACACCACUCAAGAGUGUUGAUGCCUGAGGCGCGCUAUUUAAGAGAUUUCCCUCUUCAUCUUCUUUAUCCCUCGCUCUCCUGCUCCUUAUCUAAUGUUCCUGUGUAUAGGUGGGAUGUCGAUGAUGUAGAUAAGAGAAUAUUGCGCUCUUGAGGUUUCUUUUCAUCUCCAUUCGUAACUGUGACUGUGGAAAAACGAGCAGGGUUAAACACGCUGUAAGCGUUGAGACAAAAAAUGGAGUUGGAAACCUAUAUUUAAAAAAACAGAAAAAAACAAAUCAUCUCAAAAGGCUCAGCUCCCGAUUAGUGCUUAGAGGGAGGGAAAAAAGCCAGAGGCGUCGAGGGUGAAAAUGAUGAUGUAUUUUUCUAAUCCAUUGUUGGAUGAUUACAGAGGAUUUGUUGUAGCAUGUUCAAACGCUGCGUGACGUUGCAGCGGCCAACUUCAAAAUAGCGUGUACAGAUUGAAGCACGGCUAACAACAAAUCACAUAAAAGAUGUUUACUGAGUUUAGGAGGGAAAAAAAAAAAAACUGCUGUACAGUAAAUGUUAUGCGUUUUUCUUUUUGGGGGUCUUAUUCAAUUCGAAAAGAAGAAAUGUGUUGCACAGGAAAAGAGCCACACAGCCAUGCGGGGUGAUGAAAAGGUGAAGGUGUGCCUUUUUCUAGCAUGGACAGGUGAUAGACUGAACGUGGCUUAAGAUGAUCUGAUCGGGAAAUUACGUGAGAGGGACUUUACUGUCUGGCAUUUCUCAUACUGUAGCUCCUGUUCUCCUUUCUUUCGUAGGAUCGCUACAAUGUAGAGAAGCACACAAGCUAUUUAGGGGCUAAAGAUGUUUAAUUCCGCUGGAUUUAAACAUUUUAUACAUUAGUACACUGACGAGGGAAGAUGGAAAAAAAAAAAAAGAGAUUGGAGAUUAAUUUAUAAGAUAUAAGAAUCUUUGCUCACAUGUGCAGCCAAACCUCGUGGAGUCACUGACAAAGAGAUGGACAAACUAUGUUUUUAUUUUUUUCCAGUUUAACUUGCUUGACACUUGUAGGAGAAAUUGACAGUAAUAAGCACAUUUUAAAAAGUCAAACUCAAAUGCCAUAUUAGUUGUGUGUCUUUGCAGUAUCAUCUCAGAGCAAAAUACCCGGUCAAGUUACCGCCACAGGGCCUCACAAAUCAAUUCUGCUGGAAAGUGGUGCUCAUGGGCAGAACUAAAUGUGUAAGCAAGAAGUUUUGAGAAUUGUGUCUAUAAGAAGAAAAUGCCUGUAAAUCUGAGUCUGUUUUGUUCAACAGUUGUAUUUUACAGAAGAAUUGUAUUCAAGCAUCAGAGAACGCAAUUAGAACAGUCUUUGAAUAGAAAUAUACUGUCUUUCUAUUGGAUGAUUUUAUUGAACUCCAAGGUUUUAUUGAAGUGAAUAUCUGUUACAAGCUUCAUAGAAAAUAGUAGACAUAGCAAAAUGUGAUAAAUCGCAGUUCUAGACAAUUGUGCGAUUAUAUAUAUAUAUAUAUAUAUUGUAUAUAUAUAUAUAUAUACUAUAUAUAUAUAUAUAUAUAUCAUAUGAUGACGCCACUGUUCUCAAUUAUUAUGUUUUUAUUCUAUGUAAACAUUCAUCGUCUCCCACAUCCCACGUUUAAAUGUGCGCUCAAGAUGACGACAUGAGCUAAAAAUUGUAUCUCUAGAAGUAUGACAUUCUUUUUCUUCUCAUAGAACCUAUUAUUGAUUUUUAUUUGAAAUUUAUGGUAUAAUAUCAUAAACAAGUGUAGGGUGCCCAGUGGGACACAUUGUGGUCUAGAUCAUUAAACUGUUUAUUUUUCAAGUAGGUCUUGAUAUUUCUAAACGUGUGCCAUCUGUGACCCUAAUAGUUUUUGGUUUGGCUCUCUUAACAUGGAAUUCCACUUCAAAUCAAGAAAUUCUGAUAAAUAAUUCUACUUGCAAACUUGACUGGCUUAGAGUAGACACUGUAGCUAUUCUUAACACUGUCUUGGUUAGCGUCUAAAGCUUCUGGCCAUACAGAUGCAUUUAUUUUUUUGUUUUUCUUUUCUUUCAUUUUUUUUUUACAGUGUACCUAUGAUUUGCUGAAAUAAAAAGCUAUAUUGACCAUU